AUGUCCAGUGCUGGAACGGAGCUACCUCUGAAGGGGGGAAGGGAAGCUUUACAUUCAGAGGAGACCUGGGUGUGGAUCCCAGCUCUGAUAUCCUCCAUCCUCAGCUGCUGUUCACCGGACGUCUUAAUUCCUCUUCUUCCAAACCCUCUCUAUGGAAGAACCAGCAUCAUGGACAUCCAGGGCUUCCAGGCCGGCUUCAUCUAUAUUUGGUACAGAAACUUUUCAGAUUUACAGCCUGGUCGCUUCACUACACGGUUGAAACUGGGGCAGGGCCUGCAGACAUCAGGCAGAAGGUGCUCCUAAUGGUCCCUUGCUAUCCCUGACCUCACCCUCAGCGACUUUGGCGACUACAUUGUAGCCAUUUUUGAUUCUGAAAACCCCAUAAAAAGUGCAGAAGGACAUUUAACAGUGUAUGGGCCACUAUCCAAACCUCUCCUCAGCAGCACCAACAUGGCCCCAGUGGAGAACAAGGACAAUGUCUCCCUGACAUGCCAGUCUGAAGGUCAAGAAGUCACAUACCAAUGGUUCAUAAACCAAAGCUCCCCAGCUGGUGACAGGAUAGUGCUGUCCCCGGAUAACAGGACACUCACCAUAAUCAAAGUCACAAGGGAAGACCAAGGACCCUAUAAGUGUCAAAUCCGGAACCCAGUUAGUUUUCAUGAGAGUGAAUUCACACUGAAUAUUACCUACUGGACCCCCAUGAUUUUCCCCACAGCCCUGAAUUAUCCUGUAGGGGCAACUAUUGAGUUGAAUUGCUCUGCUGAGUCUAACCCACCUGCCCAACUCACUUGGCUUAUCAAUGGAAUUCAGAUGGCAUCCUCAUCCAAGCUCUCUAUUGCUAAUGUGUCUCUGAAUCACACUGGAACCUAUACCUGUAAUGCAUCUAACUCUGUCACUGGCUUGUCUAGGAGCAAAGACAUCAAUAUCACAGUCUCUGAUGAAACAACUAAACCUAACCUCAUGGUCAACAGAACCAACGUCAUAGUGACACUUUGGUCUUCACUGUUCCGAACAGCAGGAGUGGACAUUCUGUGGUUCUUCAAUAACAAGACCCUGAUUCUCAAUGAGAGGAUGAAGCUGUCCAUGAAUAACCAGACCCUUAUCAUCCAAGUUGUGAAGAGGGAGGAUGCUGGGUCUUAUGAAUGCGAAAUCCGGAAUCCAAUCAGUUCCAACAGAAGUGACCCCAUUACCCUGACUGUGAACUAUGGAUCAGACAACAUUACAUUUGUACCAAAUCCCAAGAAAGGAGAGAUUGAGGUCAAAUUCAACGACCCACUGAUGUUAGAGUGCCAUGUUGAGUCUUACCCACCUGCCCAGUAUAUAUGGCAUUUCAUUGGUACCGGGAACUCUUCCUUCUCUAAUAAUACCUAUGUCAUCAAAAAUGCAACUUGGGAAGAUUCAGGAAAGUAUACAUGUGUGGCAAAGAACAAUGUGACCAACUUGUCGCUCUCCAAGAGUAUCACUCUUAAGGUGGUUGUAAUAACAGCAACCGACCGCAGCCAGGAAGCUCAGGUCCUUCUGUGCCCCAAGGGGUACAACCCCAGGAACAAAGGUUUUUACAGUUCAGAGCACCUUGUAUUUAAUAAGAAUGUGGACAGGACCCCCCAUCAAGCUGACCUUCAACUUUUCAAGGCUGGGACCCUUGGUUCUCCCAUGCAAGAUAUGGCUGGAGAGACUCCGGAGGCCUCUGGGGCUACCAUAAAGGACCGGCCUUUGGCUGAGAGGGCCCAUGCCCAAGCUUGGCCAGACAGGAAUGGACUUUUGACUCAGGCUUCAUUUGUUUUCCAAAGGAGGAACAGGGAAGCCCCUACAAAUCACAGUGGUUCCAAGUACUAA